AUGGGUUUUGGAGAGAUCCUUAACACCAUUGGAGAGUUUGGAAUUUUCCAGAAGCUUAUUCUUUUUGCAUUAACCUUUCCAAAUUUAUUACUGCCUAUGUCUUUUUCUAGCUUUAUUUUCAUCAAUUCAGAUCCUGAUCGGCAUUGUAACUCAGACUGGAUACUUAAGGCUGCUCCCAACUUGACAUUGGAUGAGCAACUGAACCUCACCAUUCCUCUGGAGCAGAAUGGUUCUUUCAGCAGGUGUCAAAUGUUUGUUCCAGUGGACUGGGACAUCCAAACCAUCAGGGAGCAUGGACUCAAUAAGACCACAGGGUGCCAGGAUGGUUGGGUGUACUACACUUCACUUUAUUCUUCUACCAUUGUCACCGAUUUUGAUCUUGUCUGUGACAAGUCCUUUCUGCUUGCUGUUGUGGAGACCGUCUUCAUGGCCAGUAUAGGCUUUGGUUCUGUCAUCUUUGGGCCCCUUGUUGAAUCAUUUGGUCGUCUGAGAAGCACACAGAUCCCGACGCUGAUUCUCCUAAUAUGCACUCUUGUGUCGGGCGCGUCUCCUAAUAUAUACGUCUACAUUUUGGCACAGUUCCUGGUUGGAGCCGCUCUUGGAGGUUUUAGGGCUAACGCAGCUAUCCUGGCAACAGAGUGGAUAGGGGUCACCAAAAGGUCAUUGCCCUCAUGUUUGAGCCAAAUGGGUGGUGCCCUGGGACAAUGUGUCAUGGCUGGUCUUGUGUAUCUAAUUCGGAACUGGAGAACAGCACAGUAUGUGAUGGCAGCGAUGUAUGCGCUUGUUGUCCUCUACAUGUGGUGGAUUCCUGAAUCUGCAAGGUGGUUGUUGAGUCAAAGAAGAAUUCAGGAAGCAAAGAUUUUGAUCAGGAAAGUUGCGUCAUUGAAUAAGCAGGAAAUCCCAGAUCAUGUGUUGGACAAUAUGGAAAACGAAAAUGAAACCAGAAGUGGCGCAAUGAAGAUCAUUUUCACUAUACCGCUGUUGGUGAAAUAUUUGUUGAUUAUUGGCUUUGUCUGGGCUUCAGUAACUCUAGGCUACUUCUGUAUCGUCCUGAAUGUGGGUACCUAUGGUUUGGACAUUUUUCUGGUUCAGUUCCUGUUUGGCAUCACGGAAAUACCUGCAAACCUCCUCUGCAUUUGGUUUUUGGAAUUGUUGGGGAGAAAAAAAUCCCUCAUUUUAACCCUUUUGGCAGGUGAGGGGUUUUGCCUCUUAACCCUGGCUUUUUCUCAAGUCAAUUCUGUUGCUAUUGUGGCGCUUGUAACUACAGGGAAGUUCUUUUUAGACUGGUCGAGUUCCGUGUGUAUGGUCUACUCUCAAGAGCUCUUUCCCACUACGGUCAGGCAAACAGCAGUUGGUUUGGUGUCUACGUUUGCGAAAGCCACCAUGCUGCUCUCUCCACUCGUCAACAUGUUGGCUGUAUACCACUGGACAAUACCCAUCAGCGUCUAUAGCAGCCUCGGCGUUUUUGGUGGAGCUUUGGUUUUCCUCCUUCCUGAAACCAGCAGCAUUGACCUUCUAGAUUCCUCCAAGGAUAUUGAAGGGAACAGGUGA